CCCCUUGAGUUUAUUGUUUCUGUAUUUUCUUUUCCGCUUAAAGAAUUGAAAAAGAGUGAACUUUUUAGUAUAUGAUUAAUGAUUAAUCAGUUUUGGAAUUGUUCUUUAGGUCGUAAUAUUUGAAUAUUCUGUGUGGGUGGUUUACACAUUCCAUUUGGAUCAAGAUUUAUUUUGUGUCAAUGUGAAUUUGAGUGAUUUGUGAAAAUGGGUCAAGAAGUUCUGGUGCCUGUUGAAGUCUACAUGUGUGAUGAUGCCUGUGGUGAGGAACCUAAGUCGAUCAAACAAAUUCCUUCUUCUGGUGGAAAUGAGGAUGUGGAAGUUAACAUCACUGGGGGCUCAAAUUUGGGGAAAGCUUUUGUGGUGGAAGAUUCUUGUGAGGAUGCCACUGAGUAUUCCAGUUCUUUCGAUUAUACAGGAUCUGGUGCAGAGAAUGUCUCGUCUUUCAGUGAUGCUGAAGUUGAAUCACGCAGGUGUGCUGAUGAUCCAUCCUCAUCAAUGUGUGAUGAUUGGUACGAAUCAUGUGAAAGAAGAGAAAAAAGGAUGCCAAAAAGUUUGACAAUUCAUUGGAGGAGGUUCAUACGUCCUAUUAGGUGGCGCUGUAAGUGGAUUGAAUUGCGGAUGAAGCAACUUCAGUCUCAAGCACGUAAAUAUGAGAAAGAGCUUGCGGCAUACAAUUACACAAAGCAGCUAGAUUUUGCACACUUAACAAUAGAUGACUCUAAUAUCAAAUCAGUCCCUAGAUAUGGUCGGAUGCAUAGGAAUAACAUUAUGAAGAGGAACAGACGAAAAAGAGUUGAAGAGCAGUGUGAUCAAGCAUCAUACAUGUCCAACCAUAGUUUAUUCUCCUACUAUGAGAAGAAAGAUUGUACUGUCGAUACAUGUUUGAAGGAUUUUCGUGAUGUUGGUUUGGGUGUCAAUGAUAGUAAUGAGGAAUUAAAGCUGAAUGAUGAGUGGUCUUCUAUAGAGUAUGAACAUAUUGAUAAAUCCUUGGAUGACAUCAUUCAAAAGAUUGAAGCUGUACAGUCACAAGUUCAGAAAUUAAAAACUAGAACUGACACGGUGCUUCAAUCCGAGUUUCACUUGGGAGAUCUACUAAUGCCUGGAAAUGCAUCAGCAAGUCGUGAAGGGAUAAUUCCCUUUGUUGAAACCACUAAUAGUCCUGAGCUUAAUGAUCAAUGGGAAGAUAUCAAGGAUGAAGUUCUUGUACCAAAUCAGGCAGCUAGGGAAGAGUGGAAUGAUUGCAAGUAUGACGCAAAUCGCCUUUUAAAGAGAACCAACGAGUCAAUUCAAGAGGAUAAGUUCAUUUUGGAGGUUCAAGUUUCAGAACCUGCUCCCCCUGAGAAUUUGGUUAAUGAACAUUCUACUUGGAUGUCAUGUUCUACGUUGAUGUCAAAUAUUUCUACGAGCAAACGGAAAAGAAGGAAGAAAUCUGGCUCAAGCUAAAGGGAAGGAACUGAGAAUUUCUCCAACAAGUUGCAGUCUGCUUCUGUCGUAAUGUGUAAAUGCUAGUUAAAUGUUUUAUACUCUGUUACACAGAGGCAUUAUAUCAAUUGUACAUAAUGUGUAUGGUGGUAGCAUGCUCUAUUCCUUAUGGGGAAGUUUUUAUUUUAAUUUAUUGGAUGGUGUUAGUCAUGUUUUUUGAUUUAGGUUGGAACUGUUAUUAGUACUUGAAUGAAAGUAUGAAACUGUACCUUAUUAUGUCUUUUUGACAUAUUUGCAAAGGGAUGAUUUUGCACCUUUAUAGAUUAUUGAUUUUGCUUUGAA